CAGAGUCGCUAGAGAGAGUGAGAGCAAGAAAGAAGAUGACGAUGAGCACAAUGAAAGGGUUCGUCGUCGCUAUGGUGGUGAUCUUCUCUGUGCUGCUGUCCCUGAACAACCCGAGAGGCGAAUCGGAGAGAGCCUUUCUCUCCGCCUCCUCCUCCGCCCAAGAGCCACUGGUCAAUCUGGUUUCUCUGACUUCUUCCGAUGGAGGGCAAGAUUUCGUCAUGGAGGAUAUGAAUGAUGGAGGUCAAUCGGAUCUUGAAUACGAUUUCUACCGCGAGACUUGCCCAGAAGCUGAGACCAUUGUGAGGUCGACGAUGGCGCAGAUUUACUCCCAGCAGAAGAAUGUCUCUGCUCAGCUGCUGCGCCUCUUCUUCCAUGACUGCUUCAUUCAGGGCUGUGAUGCUUCAGUCCUCUUGGACGACAGCAAUGGGAAUAAAAACCAUUCCAUAGAGAAGCUGGCUGUUCCAAAUAAGACCUUGAAGGGAUUCGAUAAAGUGGACCUGAUCAAGGAGGUGCUCGAAAAUGUUUGUCCAGGAGUGGUAUCUUGUGCUGACACACUUGCUCUUGCCACCAGAGAUGGCAUUGUUCUGGCUGAUGGCCCCUUUUAUCCGGUGUUCACUGGUAGAAGAGAUAGCACCAGGUCCUACCAUGAUGAAGCAUUGGCUGAGAUUCCUAAACCUGAUGAUAACAUCACUCAGACACUUCAGCUGUUCUCAGUGAGAGGAUUUAGCGACCGAGAAACUGUCAGUCUUCUAGGAGCGCACAACAUUGGAAAGAUUGGAUGUGAGUUCAUUCAGGCCCGUCUUAACAACUUUAAGGGGACGGGCAAACCAGACCCCACUGUUUCUCCUAGUUUCCUGAAAGAGAUGAGAUUUGUCUGCGAUGACAAUGGAACAAGGAGCAGCCAGAAGUCCCCUGCACCGGGGCCAACAAGGGGAUUGAUGAGGGAGAGGUCGUCGGGACUGAGGGGGAUGCCAUACUUCCAGCAGUUGUCUUCCUCCGUACCAUCUGGGAGAGGCUUUGACACUCACUAUUACCAGAGCUUAUUGAAGGGCAGAGGACUCCUCUUUGCUGAUCAGCAACUGAUGGCAAAUGAGAGGACUGCAAGGUUGGUCAGAGCUUAUGCAUCCGAUGACGGAUCAACCUUCCGGAUGGACUUUGCCAGGGCUAUGAUGAAGAUGUCAAAGCUAAAGGCGGCCAACGGAUCUCCAGGUCAGGUCAGGGUGGACUGCUCUUUGCCACUGCAGACUUCUUAAACUGCAUGCGCUGUGGCAUG